UUGUCUUGUAGCUUCAUGGCUGGAGUUCUGGGUUCUGCAUGCUACAUCAGUGGACUCAGCCCUGGCCGAUUUCUCCUCCAGAAUGCUUCGGAUAUGCCAGAGACCAUUACCAGCCGAGAUGCUGCCCGUUUUCCCAUCGUCGCUAGCUGCACCCUCCUAGGCCUCUAUCUCUUCUUCAAAAUCUUCUCUCAAGAAUAUAUCAACCUGCUGCUCUCCAUGUAUUUCUUUGUCCUUGGGAUCCUCGCCCUUUCCCACACCAUCAGCCCCAUGAUGAACAAAUUCUUCCCGGCAAAUUUUCCCAAUAAGCAGUAUCAGCUCCUUUUUACUCAGGGCUCUGGGGAAGCAAAGGAAGAGAUUGUGAACUAUGAGUUUGACACCAAGGACCUUGUCUGCCUGGCCAUGAGCAGCAUUGUUGGCGUCUGGUACCUGCUGAGGAAGCAUUGGAUUGCCAACAACCUGUUUGGCCUGGCCUUCUCUCUCAACGGGGUGGAGCUGUUGCACUUGAACAACGUCAGCACGGGCUGCAUCCUUCUUGGAGGCCUCUUCAUCUAUGAUGUCUUUUGGGUCUUCGGCACCAACGUGAUGGUGACUGUAGCAAAGUCAUUUGAAGCCCCUAUCAAAUUGGUUUUCCCCCAAGAUCUGCUGGAGAAAGGCCUGGAAGCCGACAACUUUGCCAUGCUGGGCCUGGGAGACAUCGUCAUCCCCGGAAUCUUCAUUGCUCUCCUGUUGCGCUUUGAUAUCAGCCUGAAGAAGAACACGCAUACGUACUUCUACACCAGUUUUGUGGCGUACAUUUUUGGGCUGAGCCUCACCAUCUUCAUCAUGCAUGUCUUCAAACACGCUCAGCCAGCUCUGCUGUACCUGGUUCCAGCUUGCAUCGGCUUCCCUCUUCUGGUGGCCUUGGCCAAGGGAGAAGUGACGGACAUGUUCAGCUACGAAUCUUCUGCUGAAAUCUUGCCCCAUACCCCGCGGCUCACCCAUUUCCCUAACGUCUCCGGGUCUCCAUCCAGCCUGGCUGACUCCAUGCAGCAGACCCUGUCCUGUUCCCACAGACGCCGGCAGCAGAGUCCCAGCACCAUGUAGCCCCCCCAAGGCAAGGCCCUGCCUGCCUGUGUGACCCUGGCCAGCUACGAGGAGAACACUGCCCCGAAGGAGGCGAAGGGAGACCCCACGGAAGAGAAGACAGAUACAGACCAGGAGAAGAAAGAGAAAUGACCGUGG